GUUUACCCGGCUGCAUUGUGGGAGUUUGACCUCCGCCGCCGCCAACCGCCGCCUCAGCUUGCGCCGCCGCCGCCGCCGCGCACGCCAUGGGAGCCGUGACUGACGAUGAAGUCAUACGGAAGCGUCUCCUAAUUGAUGGAGAUGGCGCUGGAGACGAUCGGAGAAUCAAUCUGCUAGUGAAAAGUUUCAUUAAAUGGUGCAACUCUGGGUCCCAGGAAGAGGGAUACAGCCAGUACCAACGUAUGCUAAGCACACUGUCCCAAUGUGAAUUUUCAAUGGGGAAAACUUUGUUGGUAUAUGAUAUGAAUCUCCGAGAAAUGGAAAAUUAUGAAAAAAUUUACAAAGAAAUAGAAUGUAGCAUUGCUGGAGCACAUGAAAAAAUUGCUGAGUGCAAAAAGCAAAUUCUUCAAGCAAAGCGAAUACGAAAAAAUCGCCAAGAAUAUGAUGCUUUGGCCAAAGUGAUUCAGCAUCAUCCAGACAGACAUGAGACAUUAAAGGAACUAGAAUCUCUGGGAAAAGAACUUGAGCAUCUUUCACAUAUUAAAGAAAGUGUUGAAGAUAAGCUGGAAUUGAGACGGAAGCAGUUUCACGUUCUACUUAGUACUAUCCACGAACUUCAGCAAACGCUGGAAAAUGACGAAAAGCUCUCCGAAGUAGAAGAAGCUCAAGAAACCAGCAUGGAAUCAGACUCCAAGGCAUAGACAGGUUAAUGGUUCACCAUUCCCAAGAAUACCGAAGUAACAACGUGCUCUCAGUGUGUUUGGAAUUUGUUGUGCUCUCGAGAUAUUUAAAGUUUUGGCAGUGAACUACUUUGCUUUUAAGUAAUAAUGUACACUUCAUUUCUAUUUCUUUACACAAAGGAAAAAUACUUACGUAUAGAUUCAUUUGUAUUGAAAUGCCUUUUUUUUUUCUUAAAAGGUAGGAAGCAACAUCCCAAAUAAAAUGUUUUCAAGCCAGA